AUGUCGGGGGCGAAGCAUUGGGAGCAAGACAAAGAAGCCACCGUCUAUGUGGGUAAUAUCGACGAACGCGCUACCGAUGCUCUGAUAUGGGAGCUGAUGGUCCAAGCCGGCCCUGUAGUCAACGUACAUCUCCCCAAAGACCGCGUCACCCAGUCGCAUCAAGGCUUCGGCUUUGUUGAGUUUAAUGGCGAAGUCGACGCCGAUUACGCUGCCAAAAUCAUGAACGGCAUUCGCCUGUACGGCAAGCUAUUACGCGUUAACAAGGCAUCCGCAGACAAGCAGAAGCCCCUCGAAAUCGGUGCCGAGCUCUUCAUCGGCAAUCUCGACCCCAUGGUCGACGAAAAGAUUCUCUACGAUACCUUCGGCAGAUUCGGCACCCUCAUCGCCCCGCCUAAGGUUGCUCGCGACGACAAUGGCUUAAGCAAAGGAUACGGUUUUGUUAGUUAUAGCAGUUUCGAGGCCAGCGACGACGCUAUUAACAACAUGAACGGUCAAUUCCUGAUGAACAAGGAUAUCAGUGUGCAGUACGCGUACAAGAAGGAUGGUAAAGGCGAACGCCACGGAGAUGAAGCCGAGAGAAUGCUUGCCGCCCAAGCGAAGAAGCACAACGUCACCAUCGAAAGCCAACCCAUGCCGCCCGCGCUCCUUCAGAACCCUAUUCCAGCUCCCCCGCCUGCUGCAGUUGCUCCUCCACCAGCCAUGGCUCCUAGCGGAUUUGACCCUUCCCUAGCCGCUGGCGUCCCCCCGCCGAGGCCGCCGGUUGGCUUUACCCCUCCCGCUCAUCGUGGGCCUCCUCCGCCGUUUGCUGUUAAUGGCGCGCCUCUGCCACCGGGAGCCGGAAGGCCAAAUGUUUUACCGCCUGCUCCGUCAGGCCUGCCAGCGCGCCCUCCGCCCUCGCAAGCUGGGUACGGCAGUCCGGCAGACUUCCAUCCUGGAGGGUUCCGGAUGCCCCCUCCGGGUUUUGGCCCUCCCCCUGGUAACAUACCACCUCCGCCUCCCGGGUUCGCUCCUGCCCCUGGAUACAUUCCACCUGAAGGUCAAAAUCCGGGUUAUGGCCGAUGA